UCCUGUGCUGACUCUGAGAGAGCGGGUUACGGGCUGCGUCGCUCUGAUGAGCCCCGCGGGGGUGUGGGCGGGCUGGGAAAGUCCCCGCGCCGGCGGCUCCGGGCCUGGCAGUCGGGGCUGCCUGGGCAGUAGCAACGCGGUGGCUCGCUGGGCCGAGGGUGAAGAGAUUGACAGCCUCUACCAGACUUCAGCUCAAUGAGAUCUGAAACUGCCCAGAUGUUGUAUCUCAACUUAUGUGACUUAUUCUGGAAAUGCAAACAGACUUUUAAAUGCAUUGGUGCUGCCAGUUGCUGCAAUGAUACAGAAUGUUAAUGACAGUGAUAUUCAUGUGCCCUAUUAAUAAAGAUUAAACAAAUAGUGUAUUCAGGAGCUGAAUGGCUGUAUUAUUGUAAAAGAGCAUCAGAAGAAGGCUUUCUGUUCUGGAUUUACCCCUUGACAACACUGACACAGAAUCGUUAAACAAAUGUUGGAUCCUCUAGGAAUUUUCCUUUGUAACUGCUGUACAACUAUGUCAGCAGAUCAUCUUUCUUGAAUAUAACUGCUUAUUUAUAAAGUUUUAAUCACAAUGAAUUCAGGCUUAUGGAGUCAAGAAAAAGCCAGUUGGGAAGAGCGUGUCUUUUAUUUGCUUCUCCAGGAAUGCAGUGUUUUAGACAAACAAAAUCAAAAGCUUUUGAAAGUACCCAAGGGUAGCCUAAGCCAGUUUAUUCAAGAUCGUUCUUCUGUGGGACACGGCAGAAAUAUCCCUUCUAAAGGCAAGAAAAUGCAGAUUUGUUUAAAGGUUCUGGAACAGCCGCAUCCAGUCCUGUUUGUGGAUGAGAAAGAUGUUACAGAAAUAAAUGAGAAACUAGCUGAGUUGCUUUUGGCUAUUACCAACUGUGAGGAAAGAUACAGCCUGUUUAAAAGCAAAAGCCGAUUAAGUAAAGGUCUGCACAUAGAUGUUGGCUCACCUGUGAGAGUACAGCUGAGGUCGGGAGAUGAUAAAUUUCCUGGAGUUGUUCGCUUCCGGGGACCCUUGUUACAAGACAGAUUAUUAUCAGGGAUAUUUUUUGGAGUAGAACUACUGGAAGAGGGUCGUGGCCAAGGCUUUACUGAUGGACAGUACCAAGGAAAACAGUUUUUCAGAUGUGAUGAGGAUUGUGGAGUUUUUGUUGCCUUGGACAAACUAGAGUUGGUGGAGGAUGAUGACAAUGAACUGGAGAGUGAUUAUGCAGCUCCAGUUGACACGAUGCAGGUAGAACUUCCGCCUUUGGAGAUCAACUCCAGGGUUUCUCUGAAGAUAGGAGAAGGUAUAGAGUAUGGGACAGUUAUAUUCUGUGAUGUCUUACCAGGAAACGAAAGUUUAGGAUACGUUGUUGGAGUGGACAUGGAUAAUCCUAUUGGGAACUGGGAUGGAAGAUACAAUGGAAUACAACUCUGCAGUUUUGCAAGUGUAGAAAGUACACUUCUCUUGCAUAUCAAUGAUGUUAUCCCAGAGACUCAGGACAGGAGAGUUCCCAAACUUACCUUUGCCUCAAGAGGUGGUGGUGACAAAAGCUUAUUCAAUCAUAGUAAGCAAAAGAUCACAGGAUCUACCUCCGAGCCUGGAAAUAGAAACAGAUCUGAAUUUUUUUAUACAUUAAAUGGCUCUUCAAUUGAUUCUCAACCACAAACUAAAUCAAAAAACACAUGGUAUAUUGAUGAAGUUGCUGAAGACUCUGCAAAAUCACUUGCCGACUCAUCUUCUGGAUUCGGUCAUUCUUCACCACCACUACAGCCGCCUCCAACAAACUGUUUAUCUAACGAAAAUAGAUUUCACUCUCUACCUUUUAGCCUGACAAAAACGUCUAAUACUAAUGGUACUAUUGGACAUAGUCCCCUCUCUCUGUCUGUUCAAUCAGUUAUUGGGGAUUUGAACACUGCUGCCACUCAGGAAUGUCCAUCAAUAGUAAUGCCUGUCAAUAACUGGCAUGGUCUUGAAGCAGGUUCACUGGCUGAAGUUAAAGAGAAUCCUCCUUUCUAUGGAGUAAUCCGCUGGAUUGGUCAGCCACCAGGCGUAAAUGAAGUAUUGGCUGGAUUGGAACUGGAAGAUGAAUGCGCAAGCUGUACAGAUGGAACAUUUAAAGGAACUAGAUACUUCACCUGUGCCCCAAAAAAGGCUCUCUUUGUUAAACUCAAGAGCUGCAGGCCAGAUUCUAGGUUUGCAUCACUGCAGCCUGUUCCCAACCAGAUUGAACGCUGCAACUCUCUAGCCUUUGGAGGAUACUUAAGUGAAGUGGUAGAAGAAAACACUCCUCCAAAAACAGAAAAAGAAGGUUUAGAAACCAUGAUUGGAAAGAAGAAAGGUAUCCAGGGUCACUACAAUUCCUGUUACUUAGACUCCACCUUAUUCUGCCUGUUUUCUUUUAGCUCUGUUUUGGACACUGUUUUACUUAGACCUAAAGAAAAGAAUGAUGUAGAAUAUUAUAGUGAAACUCAAGAGCUGCUAAGGACAGAGAUUGUAAACCCUCUGCGGAUUUUCGGAUAUGUGUGCGCCACGAAAAUAAUGAAAUUGAGGAAAAUACUUGAAAAAGUUGAAGCUGCAUCAGGAUUCACUUCUGAGGAAAAAGAUCCAGAAGAAUUCUUGAAUAUUUUAUUUCAUCAUAUUUUAAGAGUAGAGCCACUGUUAAAAAUAAGAUCAGCAGGUCAAAAGGUACAAGACUGUUACUUCUACCAAAUUUUUAUGGAGAAAAAUGAGAAAGUUGGAGUCCCGACAAUUCAGCAGUUACUGGAAUGGUCUUUUAUCAAUAGCAGCCUGAAGUUUGCAGAGGCACCCUCAUGUCUGAUUAUUCAGAUGCCUCGAUUUGGAAAAGACUUCAAAAUGUUCAACAAAAUAUUUCCAUCUCUGGAAUUAAAUAUAACAGACUUACUUGAAGACACUCCUAGGCAGUGCCGCAUAUGUGGAGGACUUGCAAUGUAUGAAUGCAGAGAAUGUUAUGAAGAUACUGACAUUUCUGCUGGAAAAAUCAAGCAGUUUUGUAAAACCUGCAACACACAAGUUCACCUACAUCCCAAGAGACAGAGUCAUAAAUUCAAUCCAGUGUCACUUCCUAAAGAUCUACCAGAUUGGGACUGGAGACAUGGAUGUAUCCCUUGCCAGAAGAUGGAGUUAUUUGCUGUUCUCUGCAUAGAAACAAGCCAUUAUGUAGCUUUUGUUAAAUAUGGGAAGGAUGACUCCGCCUGGCUCUUCUUUGACAGCAUGGCAGAUCGGGAUGGAGGCCAGAAUGGCUUUAACAUUCCACAAGUUACACCAUGCCCUGAAGUUGGAGAGUACCUAAAAAUGUCUCUAGAAGAACUACAUUCACUGGACUCCAGAAAAAUUCAAGGAUGUGCACGAAGACUACUUUGUGAUGCUUACAUGUGCAUGUAUCAGAGCCCAACCAUGAGCUUGUACAAAUGAACAUUAUACUCUGGAGAGGAGAAAAAAACUCUACUCAGAUUUCUACUGUUGCAUUCAUGAUACACCUUAGUCAGUUUUGAUGCAACCGUUGCCGGCAAUGGAUGCUAUUAUAGGGGGAAAGCUGACUGCUAGAGCAAAAAGAUGAAUGUUUUAAAAACUACAUGUAGAGUUCUGUUGUUGAAAUAUUUCAUAAGCAUUUUGCACUCUAGGAAGUGUGCGUGUGUGUUUGUUUUAUAAACAAAGUCUAAAUGAAGUUGCUAAAAACUAAAGCUUUAAGUUAAGUGCAUUGAUAUGUUGAUUUUUGAAAUGAGAAAAGCUGAAUUGUAACAGGAAAAUUCUCCUUAGUCCAUUGAAAAUGUAAACACACACUGUGUAUUUGCUCAGUGUAUUUCUGUGGACCAAGGAUGAUUUUUUUUUUUUUUUUUUUUUUUUUUUUUUGGUCUGUAGCAACAGUUGCCUUCAGGAAGGAAUAAUUUUGGUUUUAAUAAGAUUGGUUGAUUUUAAACUGAUCAUUACAAUUUACUUAUGUGGUCUUGUUAACCCUUAGCAGUCAACUGAUAUCCUGCAUGUCUACUUCUAUAGAAUUCCAGGUCUUCAACACCCAUCAUCUCAAAACUGCUCUGUUCCUUGAGGUUUUUAUUCCUGUUUUAUUUGGGAAAGUCAAACAUACCUUCCUUUCAUAUGUGAUACUUUUCUUCAGGGACUGGGGCAAUACUGUCCAAGCAUAACCGUAGAUACAUAAACUAAUAGAUGGAAGUGUCUUUAAUAUAUAUUUUUUGCGGAACAUAAAAUUAAAUAUAUACAAAUGUUUGGAUGGCAAGCUAAACAAUGUGGCUUAUUGCCUCAGGGAGUGUUAAUAAAGUAGAAUCUGUAGUCCUUAAUAAAAUGAAGUUGACACUUUGACUAUCCUACAACAUACUGAGCUGCUAUAUGUAAUAGGUCUAAAUUUUUCAUUGUUUGGGAUCAUUAAUGUUAAAAAUAUAAACAGGAAUGAUAAAAUUACAAAUUUAAACAUUCUACUUGGUACCUGGUACGUAAGAACAAAAAAUGAAUUACACUAGUUUAAAAAAAAAAUCACUGUAAAGUAGUAUUGAUAUUUUGUGACUUGGAAGUUGAUUUUUAUUUGCAAUGGAAUUCAAUUGCAUUAAUUGCCUUUCAGCUACGUCUGUCUAAACUAUUUUAAAAAUGUUUAGAAAUGUCAUGUGUGUACAGCAAAAUUUGGAUGUUGUAGAAAUAAUUAUAGGUCCUAAACGGCAUUAUUGUGGGUUGUAGCACAUAUUUUCAGAUUUUUAAGAGCUGUUUUACAUGAGUAACUGCCUCUCUGGGAUCUACUCUGUGUAGAAAGGAUGAAGAACAGAUAAACGCACUAUCAUUUAAAACAAAACAAAUAAAAAAAACCUAAUUCCAAAAGA